GCUGUUUGAACUUUGCACACACGAACGAAGCGCGACAAUACUCGGAGAGGGUAAAAAUAAGAGUAACAAAAGCCAUCACCAAAAGUACAAUCCUCCACACAUCUCUCCCAUCCCUGAAAUCUCACAAUGAAGACUUCCUCGGUUUUCCCACUUCUUCUCAUCACUUUCAGUUUGCUCAAAGUUGCUGCGAGUGAAGAAGGGUUUUGCUCUUCUCCUUAUUCUGUUGUUAACUCUGAUACAGACUCUAAUACUCUGUACUGGAAGGUCACCAAUCCUACACUUUCUCCUCCUUACCUUCGAGACUUGCCAGGUUUCACACGCAGCGUUUAUAGAAAGGAUCAUGCAUUAAUAGCACCUGAAAGUCACGUAUUCAGUCCUUUACCCGAGUGGACUGAUACAUUGGGAGCAUACUUAAUUACACCGGCCAUGGGCUCAAACUUUGUAAUGUACCUAGCAAAAAUGCAAGAAAAGUCAAGAUCAGGACUCCCUCCAUUUGAUGUUGAGAGGUUCAUCUUUGUGGUUCAGGGUGCUGUAACUGUCUCUAAUGCUUCUGGUGCUAGCGACAAACUGAUAGUGGAUUCAUAUGCUUAUCUGCCUCCUAAUUUUCAACAUUCAGUUAAGUGUGAUGCAUCUGCUACACUUGUGGUCUUUGAGCGAAGGUAUGCAUCUCUGGAAAAUUAUGUCGCUGAGCCAAUCAUCAGUUCAACAGAAAAGCAGCCACUCCUUGAAACUCCAGGAGAAGUGUUUGAACUUAGGAAGCUUCUUCCCACAUCGCUCGCAUAUGACUUCAAUAUCCAUAUUAUGGAUUUUCAACCUGGAGAAUUUCUUAAUGUGAAGGAGUUUCAUUACAAUCAGCAUGGUUUGUUGCUUUUAGAGGGACAGGGCAUUUAUCGCUUGGGUGAUAACUGGUAUCCAAUUCAAGCUGGUGAUGUCAUUUGGAUGGCACCAUUUGUGCCUCAAUGGUAUGCUGCGCUUGGUAAAACUCGGUCACGAUAUCUUCUGUACAAAGAUGUAAAUAGGAAUCCAUUGUAAUCUUAUGCCAGUGAAGUAUAAACAUGGAUGCAAUUGAAUGACCCAGACAACUGAUUUAUCUAUGAUAUAAAUGUGCGAAUUACAACUACCACAUGCCAUGCAUGCUAAGUUACAUAAAUAAAAGCCAUCAUUUGUGGUAAA